AUGUCGACACAUGCCGCUGUCGCAACAGUAGCACGCAAAGCACCACUUGGUAUCAUACGAGUACCGACAGUCAAGCCAAGUGGCGAACAAGUACGCGUCCGAGUUGAGUGGACGGCAUCAACACCAUUGGACUUGCACCAAAACGACGGCGCUCUGCUUGUCAAGCACCCUCAAGUAUUGGGCGAUGGUAGCGCGGGUACUGUCGUUGAAAUCGGACCGGAUGUGAAGAGGUUGAAAGCCGGCGACAAGGUCUUUGGCUUUACCUGGAGGACGCAGACCGAGAAGGCACACCAGGAAUUUUGCACGGCCGAUGAGUGGUUGUUCGCAAAGCUGCCAGAGGACUUCUCACUUGCCGAAGCCGUUACGCUACCGAACAACUUUGUGACCGUCUUCCAUACUUUAAUCACAGAUCUUGGCAUUGUAACUCCAUGGCCGAAGCCUGACAGCUAUGUUCCGAGAGAUGCCGACAAAGCCAUCCUGGUCUGGGGUGGUUCUUCAUCGGUUGGCCAAUUUGCAAUCCAGGUCCUGAAGUACUACGGCUACAUGCAUAUCCUGGCGACUGCAUCGGCCAAGCAUCAUAAAAAGCUACGGGCUCUGGGCGCAAAGAAGGUGUUUGACUACAACGACGACAAUGUCGUUGAGGCGAUUAUCCGCUCCGGUCACGACGGCAAAAUCCCGCUCAUCUUCGACUGUAUCGGCAGCCAACAGGGUAGCAUUGCACCGAUUGCGAAAAUCGCGAAGGCAGGCUCAAAAGUUGCGAUUCUCUUGCCGGUCAUCGUCCGCGACUCAAGCGAGACUGAAGAUCCAGAGUAUGAGAUGGACGUCAAAGUCGCGGCGGACUGGUCUGAGGGGGGUGUAGAUGCGCGAGGCGUUCGUACACAUUUCUACCUCAACCCCGACAUUAUGCACGCAAUGCUCAAAGAAGGCAUCGUGGCGCCUCAAAAGCAAAGAAUUGUCGAAGGCGCGACGAUGCUCGAGCGUGCACAGAACGCGAUGAACACGCUGCGGCGGAAGGAGGCGAGUAUGGAACGGUUGGUCUGGCGAGUCAGCGAUGAGGCAUGA